UAAAACAACUCAGCUUUGCGUCAAAUAUGCUUUGGAGAGCAGAGUUUUAGAAGGAGGUGUUGUCGGGGGUGUUCGGCGCAUUUACUAGACAGCAACAAAGUGCUUUGUUGCUAAGUUGUUAUUUAUUAUCACAUAAAUAUGUUUUGUAAGUUUCUAAAGUAAGUGGCCUGUUGACUUCUCCGGAACUACAUUUCCCAGUAUUUUGGUCUGGGUCGUAUUUCUUCUUGCGCAUGCGCACUAUGAGAUCGUGGAUAUUAAGUUGGCCAAAACAGCUGGUGAUAAAAUGCACAAGUUGAAAUCAUCACAGAAGGACAAGGUUCGCCAGUUUAUCUCUGUCACGCAAGCAGAGGACAGAACAGCUGUGCACUGCCUGACUCAGAAUGACUGGAAACUAGAAGUCGCCAUUGACAACUAUUUCCAGAACCCAGACUUGUACUAUAAAGAACCCAUGAAAACCUCAGUGGACCGCAAGAAGCUUGAACAGCUCUACAACAGAUACAAAGACCCCCACGAUGACAACAAGAUAGGCAUCGAUGGGAUCCAGCAGUUCUGCGAUGACUUAAAUCUGGACCCAGCCAGCAUAAGCAUACUUGUAGUGGCUUGGAAGUUCAGAGCAGCGACGCAGUGCGAGUUUAGCAGGAAGGAGUUCUUCGAUGGGAUGGUGGAGCUCGGCUGUGAUAGUCCAGAAAAACUCAAGGCCAUCCUUCCCAGGCUAGAACAAGAUCUGAAAGACAAUGGAAAGUUCAAAGAUUUCUACCAGUUUACGUUCAGCUUUGCCAAGAACCCAGGGCAGAAAGGUUUAGAACUAGAAAUGGCUGUGGCUUACUGGAAUCUAGUUCUCACAGAUCGAUUCAAGUUCUUAGAUCUAUGGAUCCGCUUCUUGCAAGAGCAUCACAAGCGCUCAAUUCCUAAAGACACUUGGAACCUCCUCCUGGACUUUGGCAACAUGAUUGCAGAUGAUAUGUCUAACUAUGAUGAAGAAGGUGCCUGGCCUGUGCUCAUCGAUGACUUUGUGGAGUUUGCUCGGCCAAUUGUAGCAGGAAAUAAACGCAACAUGACGUAAUAUUUGCCGCAGCUUCACCAAAUGGAGGAUGCCGUUUUCUUUCUUCCAUUUUUUUCCUAUUUAUUAAUGAGAUUAUGAUACAAGGUAGCCUAAAGAAACAGCUGCUAAGUAGGUUGGCCUGCAGAGUUUCAAUAAUUAUUCUGCUGCUAAGAGGCCUUUGAAGAGGAAAAGAAAAACAGUGGGAAAAAACACCACCAAAAGAAGAGGGAAGUGUUUUGUUUUUACUUUCUGCUGUCGUGGAGAGAUGCUGGAAAUGUUUCAUGAAACUGAUGAGUAAACCGAUACUCAUCCUUUAAACUUGCAAUGGUGGUAGGUUUGAACUGCCACUGUGGACUCAUUUAAAAGCACGCUCAGCAAAGCAGGCAGCCGGACUAAAAUGGACUUUUAUGCUCCUGCGGGUGUGAAUGAAACAUUGCGAUAAGGUUUGGCUAUUCUGUCAGUUAGUAUGAAGCUGUUUGAUGUAGUCGAGGUUAUCAAAAUUUGAGAAUAUGUGUUUGCGUUUGUCGCUGUAUGUUGUUCGAGUGCGUUGGGUGGAGGUAAAAUAUGUUGCCUUCUGCACAAAAGCUGUUUUUUGGUUUGAGAUGUCAUAUAGUCAACAUUCACCUUCACCAAGUGAGAGUGAAAAUGUUCAGAUACACAAUUUACAUCCAGUCCGAUGACUGGACGAAGCAUCACGUUUUCUGAUCUCAGCACCAGCAUAAAGGUUGCUAUAAUGAUUAAAAUCCAGCUCUCAUCAAAAUGAGAA